UGGAGUGUCUGGUACCUCCGCGAUGGCGCGCACGAAGCAGACGGCGCGGAAGUCGACGGGCGGCAAGGCGCCCCGCAAGCAGCUGGCCACCAAGGCUGCCCGCAAGAGCGCGCCGGCCACGGGCGGUGUCAAGAAGCCGCACCGCUACCGGCCCGGCACGGUGGCGCUGCGCGAGAUCCGGCGCUACCAGAAGUCCACGGAGCUGCUGAUCCGCAAGCUGCCCUUCCAGCGGCUGGUGCGCGAGAUCGCGCAGGACUUCAAGACCGACCUGCGCUUCCAGAGCUCGGCCGUCAUGGCGCUGCAGGAGGCCAGCGAGGCCUACCUGGUGGGGCUCUUCGAGGACACCAACCUGUGCGCCAUCCACGCCAAGCGCGUCACCAUCAUGCCCAAGGACAUCCAGCUGGCCCGCCGCAUCCGCGGAGAGCGCGCCUAAGUUCCCUGCCGCAGCCCUUCCCGGCCUGGCAGUAAAGCAACCCACGCAGACCCAAAGGCUCUUUUAAGAGCCACUACAUGCACAAUUAAAAGAGCUGUA